CAUUUUCUUAAUCCAGUCUAUCAUUGUUGGACAUUUGGAUAUGGAGAGCAGAUGGUCAACAUUCUCCUCAUAACCUUCCAGGGAAUGGAAGAUACCCGUUGAAGCCCUCCCAGGCUGUGUGACCCCAUGUUGGGGACAGGUCACAAAACCUAAGCCUUGUGCCUACUGGAAAGGAGAAGCAGUGGAGUCCUUGACAGAAGCAGUGGUGCUGGAACCUGGUGCUAGGCGCUGGGCCAAGCACUUUACAUACUGUGUGUUAUGUAAUCUUCACAGCAAUAUGAGACUUAGACAAUGAAAGAACACAUCAUAUAUCAGAAGCUUUAUGGAUUGAUUCUCAUGUCGAGUUUUAUCUUUCUCUCAGAUACACUUUCACUAAAAGGAAAAAAGCUGGAUUUUUUUGGAAGAGGUGACACAUAUGUAAGCCUGAUAGAUACCAUUCCUGAACUCAGCCGAUUCACAGCAUGCAUUGAUCUGGUAUUCAUGGAUGACAACUCAAGGUAUUGGAUGGCCUUCUCCUAUAUUACUAAUAACGCCCUCCUGGGCAGAGAAGACAUAGACCUUGGACUUGCAGGAGACCAUCAGCAGCUAAUACUAUACAAAUUGGGAAAGACCUUUUCUAUCCGUCACCACCUGGCUUCAUUUCAAUGGCAUACAAUAUGCUUGAUAUGGGAUGGUGUGAAGGGCAAAUUAGAACUCUUCCUGAAUAAAGAAAGGAUACUGGAAGUAACGGAUCAACCACACAACCUGACACCUCAUGGGACUCUGUUCCUAGGGCACUUUCUCAAGAAUGAGAGCAGCGAGGUUAAAAGCAUGAUGCGUAGCUUUCCUGGCAGCUUGUACUACUUUCAACUCUGGGACCACAUCCUGGAAAACGAAGAGUUUAUGAAGUGUUUAGAUGGAAAUAUAGUUAGUUGGGAAGAAGACGUUUGGCUUGUCAACAAGAUCAUCCCAACUGUUGACAGGACACUGCGCUGCUUUGUUCCUGAAAAUAUGACAAUUCAAGAAAAAAGUACAACUGUUUCACAACAGAUAGAUAUGACCACUCCAUCCCAAAUUACUGGAGUAAAACCACAAAAGACUGCACAUUCCUCUACACUAUUGUCUCAAAGCAUACCUAUAUUUGCAACUGAUUACACAACCAUAUCAUAUUCCAAUACAACAUCUCCACCUCUGGAAACAAUGACUGCACAAAAAAUCUUAAAGACACUGGUAGAUGAGACAGCUACAUUUGCAGUGGAUGUUUUAUCAACUUCAUCAGCCAUCUCUCUGCCUACCCAGAGUAUAUCCAUAGACAAUACUACCAACUCCAUGAAAAAAACGAAAUCUCCAUCUUCAGAAAGCACAAAGACAACAAAAAUGGUUGAAGCCAUGGCUACUGAAAUCUUUCAACCACCUACACCUUCUAAUUUCCUAUCCACAUCCAGAUUUACCAAGAAUUCAGUUGUAUCUACAACUUCAGCAAUUAAAUCUCAGUCGGCUGUUACGAAGACAACAUCUUUAUUUUCAACUAUUGAGUCAACAUCUAUGUCUACAACACCUUGUCUCAAACAAAAAUCCACAAAUACUGGGGCACUCCCUAUCUCCACAGCUGGCCAGGAGUUCAUUGAAUCUACAGCUGCCGAAACUGUACCUUGGUUUACAGUGGAAAAGACUUCACCUGCAUCUACUCAUGUUGGGACUGCAUCAGCAUUCCCACCUGAGCCUGUGCUCAUCUCCACAGCUGCUCCAGUAGAUUCUGUAUUUCCUAGAAACCAGACAGCAUUUCCAUUGGCAACAACUGAUAUGAAAAUAGCAUUUACAGUCCAUUCAUUGACUCUCCCAACUAGGCUUAUUGAGACCACACCUGCCCCAAGGACAGCUGAAACAGAAUUGACAUCUACAAAUUUUCAGGAUGUCUCUUUACCCAAAGUGGAAGAUGCCAUGUCUACUUCCAUGUCUAAAGAGACCUCCUCUAAGACUUUUUCUUUCUUAACAUCCUUUUCAUUUACUGGGACUGAGAGUGUACAGACAGUUGAUGCUGAAGCUACACGUACAGCCUUAACUCCUGAAAUCACACUUGCAUCUACAGUGGCUGAAACUAUGCUUUCCUCCACAAUCACAGGACGAGUUUACACCCAGAAUACACCUACAGCUGAUGGACACGUGCUUACUUUGAUGUCCACUAGAUCAGCUUCCACAUCCAAGGCACCUGAGUCAGGUCCCACAUCCACAACUGAUGAAGCUGCCCAUCUGUUCUCCAGCAAUGAGACCAUUUGGACUUCCAGGCCAGACCAGGCCCUGCUGGCAUCUAUGAACACAACCACCAUACUCACAUUUGUGCCUAAUGAAAAUUUUACAUCAGCAUUUCAUGAGAAUACUACUCAUACAGAAUAUUUAUCCGCAACUACCAAUAUCACCCCACUGAAAGCAUCUCCAGAGGGCAAAGGUACCACUACCAAUGAUGCUACUACAGCCAGAUAUACAACAGCUGUAUCCAAAUUGACAUCACCAUGGUUUGCUAAUUUCUCCAUAGUUUCUGGAACCACAUCCAUAACCAAUAUGCCUGAAUUUAAACUUACCACUUUACUACUAAAAACAAUACCUAUGUCUACAAAACCUGCAAAUGAACUUCCUUUGACACCAAGGGAGACUGUUGUUCCAUCAGUAGAUAUAAUAUCUACUCUUGCUUGCAUUCAGCCAAAUUUUUCUACUGAGGAAAGUGCUUCUGAGACCACACAAACAGAAAUAAAUGGUGCAAUUGUAUUUGGAGAUACAACAACCCCUGUACCAAAGUCAGCAACAACACAAAGAUUAAAUGCCACUGUGACAAGAAAAGAAGCAACUUCCCAUUAUCUUAUGGGAAAAUCAACUAUAGCAGCAGUGGCUGAGGUUUCUCCAUUUUCAACAAUGCUGGAAGUGACAGAUGAAUCAGCACAAAUGGUGACAGCUUCUGUCACUGUUUCCUCUUUUCCUGAUAUAGAAAAGCUAAGUACCCCAUUGGAUAAUAAAACUGCAACAACUGAGGUGAGAGAAAGUUGGCUUUUGACAAAAUUGGUGAAAACCACACCUAGGAGUUCAUACAAUGAAAUAACAGAAAUGUUUAAUUUUAACCACACCUAUGUAGCACAUUGGACUUCAGAGACAUCUGAGGGAAUUUCAGCUGGAUCUCCCACUUCUGGGAGCACACAUAUAUUCGGUGAACCCCUGGGUGCUUCUACCACAAGGAUAUCAGAAACCAGUUUCUCCACUACCCCUACAGACAGGACAGCUACGUCCUUGUCUGAUGGUAUCUUACCUCCACAGCCUACAGCUGCUCAUUCCUCAGCAACCCCUAUGCCUGUUACUCAUAUGUUCUCAUUGCCAGUUAAUGGCAGUUCUGUGGUGGCUGAGGAGACUGAGGUUACCAUGUCUGAGCCUUCUACACUGGCCAGGGCUUUUUCUACAUCUGUGCUCUCAGAUGUCUCAAAUCUAUCCUCAACUACAAUGACCACAGCAUUGGUACCACCUUUGGAUCAGACUGCUUCCACAACCAUUGUUAUUGUGCCUACCCAUGGAGACUUGAUUCGUACCACUUCAGAGGCCACGGUAAUCUCUGUCAGGAAGACAUCCGUGGCAGUUCCUUCUCUGACAGAAACACCAUUUCAUUCACUGAGACUCUCCACUCCUGUGACAGCUAAGGCUGAGACCACCCUUUUCUCUACCUCAGUUGAUACAGUAACCCCAUCUACACACACUCUUGUCUGCUCAAAACCUCCCCCUGACAACAUUCCUCCUGCGUCCUCCACUCAUGUGAUCUCAACUACGUCUACAUCAGAAGCAACUCAACCCAUAUCUCAAGUAGAGGAGACUUCUACCUAUGCUCUCAGCUUCCCAUAUACUUUCAGUGGUGGUGGAGAUGUUGCCAGCUUGGCUACUGGCACCACAGAGACCUCUGUUGUUGAUGAGACCACACCCUCACACAUCUCUGCCAAUAAGUUGACUACUUCAGUAAACAGUCACAUUUCUUCGUCUGCCACAUAUCGUGUACACACACCAGUGUCCAUCCAAUUGGUGACUAGCACCUCUGUCUUAUCUUCCGACAAAGACCAGAUGACCAUAUCCCUGGGAAAAACCCCUAGAACUAUGGAGGUGACAGAAAUGUCCCCAUCAAAGAAUUCUUUUAUUUCAUACUCCCGGGGUACUCCAUCUUUGGAAAUGACAGAUACAGGAUUUCCUGAGACCACAAAAAUUUCCAGUCACCAAACACAUUCGCCUUCAGAGAUUCCACUUGGGACUCCCUCUGAUGGAAAUUUGGCUUCAUCUCCCACGUCUGGAAGCACACAGAUUACACCAACCUUGACCUCAAGUAACACAGUAGGUGUUCACAUUCCAGAAAUGUCUACCAGUCUUGGGAAAACAGCUCUCCCCUCACAAGCUCUGACAAUCACCACUUUUUUGUCUCCUGAAAAGGAAAGCACGAGUGCCCUUCCAGCAUAUACUCCCAGGACCGUGGAAAUGAUAGUAAACUCCACCUAUGUGACUCACUCUGUCCCAUAUGGCCAGGAUACUUCAUUUGUAGAUACCACAACUUCCAGCUCAACAAGAAUAUCAAAUCCUAUGGACAUCAAUACAACUUUUUCACACUUGCAUUCACUUAGGACACAACCUGAGGUGACUUCAGUUGCCUCUUUCAUUUCUGAAAGCACACAGACUUUCCCUGAGUCCUUGUCUCUUUCCACAGCUGGACUAUAUAAUGACGGUUUUACAGUUCUCUCCGACAGGAUCACUACAGCCUUUUCUGUUCCAAAUGUACCUACAAUGCUUCCUAGAGAAUCCUCUAUGGCAACGUCCACUCCUAUUUACCAGAUGUCCUCAUUGCCAGUUAAUGUAACUGCCUUCACCUCCAAAAAAGUUUCUGACACUCCCCCAAUAGUGAUAACUAAAUCUUCUAAAACAAUGCAUCCAGGUUGUUUGAAAAGUCCCUGUACAGCCACUUCUGGGCCUAUGUCUGAGAUGUCCUCAAUACCAGUUAAUAACUCUGCUUUCACACCUGCAACAGUCUCUUCUGACACUUCCACAAGAGUUGGGUUAUUCUCUACUUUAUUGUCUUCAGUUACCCCCAGGACUAGUAUGACCAUGCAAACAUCUACAUUGGAUGUCACACCUGUGAUAUAUGCUGGGUCUACUUCAAAAAACAAAAUGGUUUCCUCUGCUUUCACUACAGAAAUGAUAGAGGCACCUUCCAGGAUCACACCUACAACCUUUCUCUCUCCAACAGAGCCAACUUUGCCCUUUGUAAAAACCGUUCCCACCACCAUUGUGGCUGGGAUAGUGACUCCAUUUGUAGGCACCACUGCCUUCUCUCCACUCAGUUCUAAGAACACUGGAGCUAUUUCCUCCAUUCCAAAGACCACAUUUUCACCACUUCUAUCAGCAACUCAACAGUCAUCACAAGCAGAUGAGGCUACAACUUUGGGCAUAUUAUCUGGGAUUACUAACAGGUCCCUAUCUACUGUGAACAGUGGUACAGGGAUAGCUCUCACAGAUACUUAUUCCAGAAUCACUGUUCCUGAAAAUAUGCUUUCACCUACUCAUGCAGAUAGUCUCCAUACUUCCUUCAAUAUUCAGGUUUCCCCAUCUCUGACUAGCUUUAAGAGUGCUUCUGGACCCACAAAAAAUGUUAAAACAACCACCAAUUGCCUUUCUUCUAAUACUAGAAAGAUGACUUCCUUGUUAGAAAAGACUUCCUUAACAAACUAUGCCACAUCUUUGAAUACCCCUGUUUCAUACCCUCCAUGGACCCCAUCCAGUGCAACUCUACCCUCUUUGACAUCAUUUGUUUAUUCACCUCAUAGUACUGAAGCUGAGAUCUCUACUCCAAAGACCUCUCCUCCUCCCACAUCCCAAAUGGUUGAAUUUCCAGUUCUGGGAACAAGAAUGACAUCUAGUAAUACCCAACCUCUGCUUAUGACUUCCUGGAACAUACCCACAGCUGAAGGUUCUCAGUUUCCAAUUUCCACCACUAUUAAUAUACCUACAUCCAAUGAGAUGGAAACAGAGACUCUACACCUUGUUCCUGGGCCUUUGUCAACAUUCACAGCCUCUCAGACUGGUCUAGUAUCUAAAGAUGUCAUGGCAAUGUCAUCAAUUCCUAUGUCAGGAAUUCUUCCUAACCAUGGGCUUUCUGAGAACCCUUCAUUAUCAACAUCUUUAAGAGCUAUCACUUCCACAUUGGCUGACUUUAAGCACACAUUUGAGAAAAUGACCACAUCUGUAACUCCUGGGACCACACUCCCAUCAAUUCUUUCUGGUGCCACUUCAGGAUCUGUAAUUUCAAAGUCAGCCAUUCUGACAUGGCUCUUAUCUAGUCUCCCUUCUGGCUCCCCUCCGGCAACUGUAUCUAAUGCCCCUCAUGUUAUGACUUCCUCUACAGUAGAGGUGUCAAAAUCAACAUUUCUGACAUCUGACAUGAUAUCAGCACACCCAUUCACUAACUUGACAACACUACCCUCUGCUACUAUGAGCACCAUACUCACCCAAACCAUUCCUACACCUACACUGGGUGGUAUCACUACUGGCUUCCCAACUUCUCUCCCUAUGUCUAUAAAUGUCACAGAUGACAUUGUGUACAUUUCCACACACCCUGAGGCAUCCUCCAGAACCACAAUAACUGCCAACCCCAGGACUGUGUCUCAUCCUUCAUCCUUCAGCAGAAAGACUAUGUCACCUUCUACAACUGACCACACUCUAUCUGUUGGUGCCAUGCUUCUGCCUAGCUCUACAAUAACAUCUUCAUGGAACAGAAUUCCAACUGCAUCAUCACCCUCUACUUUAAUUAUUCCUAAGCCCACACUGGACUUCCUUCUAAAUAUAAUGACUACUACAUCCACUGUUCCUGGAGCCUCAUUUCCACUCAUAUCCACUAGGGUGACAUAUCCUUUUACAGCAACUGUGUCUUCACCAAUAUCGUCCUUUUUUGAAACAACUUGGCUGGACUCCACACCUUCCUUUCUAUCUACGGAAGCAUCGACUUCGCCUACUGCCACCAAGUCCACAGUUUCCUUCUACAAUGUUGAAAUGAGCUUCUCUGUCUUUGUUGAAGAGCCAAGGAUCCCUAUUACCAGUGUUAUAAAUGAAUUUACGGAAAAUUCGUUGAAUUCUGUAUUUCAGAACAGUGAAUUUUCUCUUGCUACUCUGGAAACCCAAAUUAAAAGCAGGGACAUUUCAGAGGAAGAGAUGGUCAUGGAUCGAGCUAUUUUGGAACAGAGAGAAGGACAAGAAAUGGCUACAAUUUCCUAUGUACCAUACAGUUGUGUUUGUCAGGUCAUCAUAAAAGCCAGCUCUUCCUUAGCAUCCUCUGAAUUGAUGAGAAAAAUCAAAAGUAAAAUACAUGGCAACUUCACGCAUGGAAACUUCACACAAGAUCAAUUGACGUUAUUAGUAAACUGUGAACACGUUGCAGUGAAAAAACUAGAGCCUGGAAAUUGCAAAGCCGAUGAAACAGCCUCUAAAUACAAAGGGACCUAUAAGUGGCUAUUAACCAACCCUACGGAGACAGCCCGAACCAGAUGCGUAAAAAAUGAGGAUGGAAAUGCCACAAGAUUCUGUUCAAUCAGCAUCAACACGGGCAAAUCUCAGUGGGAAAAGCCAAAGUUUAAACAAUGCAAAUUGCUUCAAGAACUUCCUGACAAGAUUGUGGAUCUUGCUAAUAUUACCAUAAGUGAUGAGAAUGCUGAGGAUGUUGCAGAGCAUAUUUUAAAUUUGAUAAAUGAAUCCCCAGCCCUGGGUAAAGAAGAGACAAAGAUUAUUGUUUCUAAAAUAUCAGAUAUUUCACAAUGUGAUGAGAUAAGUAUGAACCUAACUCAUGUUAUAUUACAAAUAAUCAACGUUGUUUUGGAAAAGCAAAACAAUUCCGCCUCUGAUCUGCAUGGAAUAAGCAAUGAAAUUCUGAGGAUAAUUGAGCGUACUGGUCACAAGAUGGAGUUUUCUGGGCAGAUAGCAAAUCUGACGGUGGCCGGGCUGGCUUUGGCUGUGCUGCGGGGGGAUCACACGUUUGAUGGCAUGGCUUUCAGCAUUCACUCCUAUGAAGAAGGCACAGACCCUGAGAUUUUCCUAGGCAAUGUCCCUGUGGGAGGGAUUUUGGCUUCCAUAUAUUUGCCUAAAUCACUGACGGAGAGAAUUCCUCUUAGCAACUUACAAACGAUCUUGUUUAAUUUCUUUGGCCAAACUUCACUCUUUAAGACCAAAAAUGUCACUAAAGCAUUAACCACAUAUGUUGUGAGUGCCAGCAUUUCAGAUAUGUUCAUUCAAAACUUAGCUGACCCAGUGGUUAUCACUCUGCAGCAUAUUGGAGGAAACCAGAAUUAUGGUCAAGUUCACUGUGCCUUUUGGGAUUUUGAGAAUAAUAAUGGGCUGGGUGGAUGGAAUUCGUCAGGCUGUAAAGUAAAGGAAACAAAUGUAAAUUACACAAUCUGUCAGUGUGACCACCUCACCCAUUUUGGAGUCUUAAUGGAUUUAUCCAGGUCUACAGUGGAUACAGUGAAUGAACAGAUAUUAGCGCUUAUAACAUACACCGGAUGUGGAAUCUCCUCCAUUUUCCUGGGAGUUGCAGUGGUGACAUACAUAGCUUUUCACAAACUUCGAAAAGAUUAUCCUGCCAAAAUUCUGAUCAACCUGUGCACAGCACUACUGAUGCUAAACCUGGUAUUUUUGAUCAAUUCUUGGUUGUCAUCAUUUCAGAAAGUGGGAGUUUGUAUCACAGCUGCAGUGGCACUUCAUUACUUCCUGCUUGUUUCUUUUACUUGGAUGGGCCUGGAGGCAGUCCACAUGUAUUUGGCUCUAGUCAAAGUCUUCAACAUAUACAUUCCAAAUUAUAUCCUUAAAUUUUGUCUAGUUGGUUGGGGAAUCCCGGCUAUCAUGGUGGCAAUCACAGUCAGUGUGAAAAAAGAUCUGUAUGGAACUCUGAGCCCAACAACUCCGUUUUGUUGGAUUAAAGAUGAUUCUAUCUUUUACAUCUCAGUGGUGGCUUAUUUUUGCCUCAUAUUUCUCAUGAAUCUCUCCAUGUUCUGCACUGUUCUUGUUCAACUGAAUUCUGUGAAAUCCCAAAUCCAGAAGACUCGGCGGAAGAUGAUCCUGCAUGACCUCAAAGGCACAAUGAGCCUGACAUUCUUACUUGGCCUCACCUGGGGGUUUGCAUUUUUUGCUUGGGGACCCAUGAGGAACUUUUUCUUGUAUUUGUUUGCCAUUUUUAACACUUUGCAAGGAUUCUUCAUUUUUGUGUUUCACUGUGUGAUGAAGGAGAGUGUGCGGGAGCAGUGGCAGAUACACCUCUGCUGUGGGUGGUUGCGAUUGGAUAACUCUUCUGAUGGGAGCAGCCGGUGUCAGAUAAAGGUUGGAUAUAAACAGGAGGGACUAAAGAAAAUCUUUGAGCACAAACUGUUGACACCAUCUCUCAAGUCAACUGCAACUAGCUCCACUUUCAAAUCUUUAGGCUCUGCACAAGCCACACCUUCAGAAAUAAGCUUUCCAAAUGAUGACUUUGACAAAGAUCCUUACUGUUCCUCUCCUUGAGUUGUGAAGUUGUGCCUAAUUAUGUAAAAAGAAUAUAAUACCUGUGGAAAUAAAAAUGAAUUCCAAGUGUAUACUUGCUCGGGUGAUGGGUGCACCAAAAUCUCACAAAUCACCACUAAAUAAUGUACUCAUGUAACCAAAUACUACCUGUUCCACCAAAACCUAUGGAAAUUUAAAAAAACAAAAAUAAAAAGCAAAACAAAAAUCCCAAAAUGAAUUCCAUUCACAAACAGAAUUUUUCAAUAAAUCCCAGUAGAGAUACUUGCCUCCUCCCAACCCCUGAUUGGGGAAAAGGUUGAAUUUGUGAAACAAUCUGCUCCAACCUUCUAUUUUAAUUAUUAUUUUGUAAGGGGAAGAAUAACAUUUGAUAAAUAUUAAAGUCAGAAUAAUUCUCCUAU